AUGCGGGGGCUCCGGGCCGCCCUGCUCUGCCUGCUGUGCCUGGGCGCCGCGCGCGGACUCCCGGCGCCCGCCUCGCCCACCCGGCCGCCAGAUGAUUUAAGAAGUGAAACGGGUUUCCUCGAAGAAUUGGUGGCUGGAAGUGGCGAUACAGUUGAACUUCAGUGCAAUACUCCGGACUCCCCUGUCUCUCUCCUCUGGUAUAAAGACGGCAUUGGGAUUUCACCUACCAACCGGACUCAUAUUGGGCAAAAACUCUUGAGGAUUAUAAAUGUGUCCUACAACGAUUCAGGCCUGUACAGCUGUAAGAAGAGGCAUUCGGUGGAAACGCUCAAGAACUUUACGGUCCGAGUUAUAGUGGCGCCUUAUUGGACCCAUCCUAUCAGAAUGGAAAAGAAGCUUUUGGCAGUGCCGGCUGCCAAUACUGUCCGUUUCCGGUGCCCGUCAGCUGGCAAGCCGCUUCCUUCCAUAUCCUGGCUGAAAAAUGACAAAGAAUUCAAAGGGGAGCACCGUAUUGGAGGCAUUAAACUGCGGCAUCAGCAGUGGAGUCUGGUCAUGGAGAGCGUUGUUCCCUCAGACCGAGGCAACUACACCUGUGUGGUCCAGAACAAAUACGGUGUAAUUAGGCAUACUUACCAACUUGACGUUCUUGAGAGAUCUCCCCACCGGCCUAUCCUCCAGGCAGGAUUGCCUGCCAAUCAAACGGUGGUGAUUGGGAGCAAUGUGGAAUUCCACUGCAAAGUGUACAGCGAUGCUCAGCCUCACAUCCAGUGGUUGAAACAUGUGGAAGUCAACGGAAGCAAAUACGGGCCAGAUGGGACACCUUACGUCUCUGUUCUAAAG